UAACUUUGAUUGUAGUUUUAAUAAAGAGACUGCAACCUGUAAGUAGAGCUGAAAUCAGAUUAGCUAGAUGCUGGACAUUGAAGAACAGCUUUAAAACUGGAGCGCAAGAUCUGGCACAAUGGCACUGUAUCAGCAACUACCAUUUUUCAACCCGAGUGUGCCAUUCACUAGACUGAUCCAGGGAGGACUGCAAGAGGGAACGAGUAUUACUGUAUGUGGACGAGUUUUGUCAGAUGCAGACAGCUCUCUCUAUUGCAGAUUCCAGGUGGACCUCAAGUACGGGUCUGAUAUUGCUCUGCACUUUAAUCCACGCUAUGAAGGAGGAUCUGAGUACGUAAUGCACAACACCCUUCAGAGAGGUAGAUGGGGCUCAGAGGAACGCAAGUACGAAACUCCCUUCCCGAGAGGCCAGAUGUUUGCUCUGCAGAUCCUCGUCACACUGAGCUCAUACCAGAUAAGUACCAACGGGAAACCCUUCUCAGAGUACAAGCACCGUAUGCCGUUCUCAUGGGUGGACCGAAUCCAUGUGAGUGGAAAUAUGGAAGUGAAAUUAGUUGCCUUCCAGUAUCUUGUGUCCCAUCAACGACAAGGAUCCUUUACAGUCCCAUAUAAAAGCAUCAUUCAUGGUGGACUACAGCUUGGCAAAGUCAUCAUCAUCCAAGGAUUUAUCAAUCCCCAAGCGAAUAGAGUAGUGAUUAGUCUGCGGCACAAAGCUGGAAUUGCAUUUGUCUACAAUGCUGGUUUUGAUGAGAAUCUGGUUUUGUGCAACACUUAUGGGGAUGGAAAAUGGGGUGAAGAGGAGCAAUCUGAGGUUAUGCCGUUUAAAAAAGGGCAACCGCUGCAGGUCACCAUUUUCUGCAGUCGUCAUCAGUAUCAGGUGUUUGUCAAUGGUGAACAAACUCACACUUACAGCCAUCGCCACACUAAACUGGAGGAGAUUGAUGUUUUGGAAGUUAGCGGAGACGUGCAGCUAAGCUUUGUGCAGCCCUGACAAGGAUUUCAUACAAAUCUAUCUAUGAGAAAUACUUUUUAUAAUUUUUUUAUACCUCCUUUCUUAGUUUAUAUGUUUUGCCUGCAUCUAAUCAACAUCUAAUCAAAUUUACAAAGCAAACAAACGUACAACUGAUUAUAGUCAAAUAGUAAUACUCCUGACAAAUAGGCACCAGUGUUGCGCUGAAAAUAUCACUGAAAGAUUGACUAGUGAUCAGGAGCAUUUCCCCACUAUAAACACUGAAACACAGAACUGAUAAUGAAGACAUUAGCAGUGAGUGGAAAGCAUAAUGAAGUCAUUUUUGAGAUUGCACAUUGUGCUCUUGCAGAAUUGUUUGUUUUGUUUGGAUUAUUUUCAAUGCCUGUGCUCUCACUGAAUAAAUGUUUUGUUGCCCUAGUUGGUUGUCUCACAGUUUAUCCCUGUAAUAUACUGUGUAGUCAGUUAACCUGCUUUAUGGAAUACAUUCAUUGGUCUAGUAGAUCAAGUAUGAAAGAUUCAAUAAAUGUUGAGUGCAAAAGC